AUGUCGUACCAAAAAUUGUUCGACGCGUUCAAGCGGUGUUACAAUGCAGAGUGGACGAAGCAGAAAAUUCAGGAAGAAGCCAACUCGACUUGGAAAUCCUUGAAACAGGACAAAGAAAAUUUGGCCUCCAAUCUGGAGGUGAAAGUAGCUGAGCUAGACAAGUUGUCUAUUGGGAAAAAGGCCAAGUUCCUCAAUUUCUUCGUGAAGGCUGCCAAUCGACAGGAAGCAAAACGACCGACAGGAGGCGAAACGAUCAAAAAUGUAGAUCCGAAUAUUCCAGGUGAACUAGAACCGCUUGCUUCUACAAGUGCUAAGCAGCAGUUGCAGCCACAAGAGCUUAGUCCAGUUCAAGAUCCGUUGAAACUGUGGCGUCGACUCUUGGAUCUCGCCAAGUUGCUUUUGUAUCACAGAACGACAAAGCCCGUGUUUCUAUUGGUAUAA